AGUAAAGAGGGGAACACAAAUAAGCGCAUAGCCAUAAGUAUAAGGAAAUUGAUUCAUUUCGUUAGGCAUAUGUUUGUGGACCAAUCAAUUUCUUUAUGCUUAUGACCAUGCGCUUAUGCAAAACUGUGUGUUCCCCGCUUUAGCGCUCUAGGCUGCGUUCCAAAACGUACUCUCUGAGGAAUGAUAUUUUACUCGAUGGCCAUUCCGAAACUUUCUUAAGCGUUUCUGAUUGGUUCCAAGCCGGCCAUCGAGUAAAAUUUUCCUCGCAGAGGAAAUUUUUCACCGUUUUGGAAUCUAGCCCUAGUAUUAUAUAGAAAUCUGAAAUGCAGUCUAUAUUUGAUAUGCACAAAAUUAAUCCACAAAUAAUAACUAGGCCAAAGGAACAUCCAUACUGGAUUGUAGAUUUACCUGAUGAGAAUGCAAUACAUCAAAUUCUUGGUAGAGCAAUUUCAAUACGCUUUUGUUUGGAACUAUGGGCACAAGGCAAACAAAAUGAAGAUUUACAUAAUUCUUUAAAAGCUUACUCUGUCAAAAAUAUGACUGGAGAGAAAAGAUCAUUCAAGAUUGCAGUCGAGACUUUCUGUAAACAUUUCUCACAACAAGAAAAAGUAAAUAAGAUUGAAUCUUUUAGUUAUUUACCUCUUGAAGGACCAGUCAGAUUGAAAAAUCCAGAUAUCACUUUAUUCUAUAUAGAAUAUUAUGGACUUAAUCCUAAUAGCAUUCCUGAGGAACCAUAUGAAUAUUUCUUUGGAAGAUGGAUUGCUGAUGGCCAGCGAGAAUUAAUUCAAAAGUUAUCACUAAAAACUAGAAAAUUUAUAGGAAAUACUUCAAUGGAUCCACAAUUGUCGCUGAUAAUGGCAAAUCAAGCACAAAUUAGAAAUGGGGAUCUAGUUUACGAUCCAUUUGUAGGAACGGGUUCUUUGUUAAUUGCUGCAUCUCAAUUUGGAGGAUAUACAUUUGGAACUGACAUUGAUUUUUUAAUGCUCCAUGGUCGUACAAGACCUACACGGAUAUCACAAAAGAUAAGGGAAGAAGACGAAAGCAUUGCAGCAAAUAUGCAUCAAUAUGGAAUGAGUUCCUAUUAUCUUGAUGUAGUAGUGGCAGAUUUUUCGUAUCCACUCUGGCGAACAGAUUUACGAAUAGAUGCUAUUAUAACAGAUCCACCUUAUGGUAUAAGAGAGGCUACAGAACGUAUAGGUACUAUGAAGAUAAAUCCUAUAAUAGAAGAGCAUCAAGCAACUUCUCAUAUUCCUUCUAAAAUUGGUUACGGCCUGAAUCAAAUAUAUAAAGAUUUAUUGUGUUUCUCCGCGAGACAUCUGAAACUUGAUGGCAGAUUGGUGUGUUGGUAUCCAUUGUUUAGGGACCAAUAUACAGAAGAUCAGUUACCAGCACAUCCAUGCUUAGAGUUGUUAGCUAAUUCCGAACAAGUCUUGAGCAACUAUACUAGUAGAAGAUUAUUAACGUACAAAAAAAUUAAAGAGUCAGAAGCAACCGAUGAAAGCAUCAGUAUGAAUUUAGUCGACUUUCGUGAAAAAUAUUUUGCAUUACGCGAAGAAACAAGGAAGGAAAGGCGAACGAAAAAAGCCACAGAAAGAGCGAGAAGACGAGAAGAGUGGGAACGUCGUAAUAACAAGGAAGUUACUGAAAGAUGACUGUGAUCUUUUGUAGACAGUAAAUGUCUUCUUUCAUUUAUAUAGAUAUUUUCACAGGUGUUAAUCCUUAUAUAUGCAUAUUGGAUUGUUCGGAAAAUUUUCUUAUUUUACAGUUAUUUCAUAAGGAAAAGAUUAAAAAAUUUUGUAAGCAAUCCAGUAAUUAAAAAUAUAUAAUUAUUCAGAAAUAUCUCAAGAUGUGGUCACCUGAUUUUUGCAUUUUCUCUUAUUAUGUGCAAAAUAAUUGUAACAAUUGAUAUGAAAACAAGGCUAAUUGUUCCAAUUAGUUUGAAAUAAAUGAUAUUUUUUACAUACAUAUAUCUUAUUCAUCAACGCCGUUUUUAUUUUCAUUAUAUUUAUAUGCAGAUAUAAUCAAUACUUUAUAGCACAUGAAAAUCAACAAUGAUAUUAGACAACAGAGAGAGCCGAGAGAGUGAUCACAAUUACAAAAUCAAUGAUGAUUAUACAUUCACUUAAUAACAUAUACAGUAAAAUACAGAAAUAUUAAUAUAUAUAUAUAUAUAUGUUUAGAAGAUAAUUACGUAUAUAGUGCAGCUAAAACCUGAAAACUAUAUAGAAUUUACUAAUUGAGUGAUUAAUAAUAUAUUAACAUAUGCAUUUUAUAUCGACAUUAGACAAAAUUAUACUCUUGGGACAUAAUAAUAUACAUUACAUAAUUGAAAAAUAGAAUAAAAGAUAAUACUGUUUCAAUACAUUAAUCAUGAUCAGAAUUUUAUUAACUUUUUUUUUAACUGCAUAGAACUAAAAAAUGUACCUAAAAAUUUCUCGUGCUCGAUAGAUUC